AUGCCCUCAUCGGCAAUGCGAUCGCAUAGCGCAGCCCACGACGAGUCUGGCGCGACAGCCGGGACCACCGCGACUGGCCCCCAUUUUUUAACACCAUCGCCCUCGACCUCUACUCGCAGUACUAGCGGCAACAACCCAGGACCAUCGUCGAAACGACGUCGGAUCAACUUCGCCUGUGAUUAUUGUCGCUCACGUAAAACCCGCUGCGAUGAGGGCCAACCGUCGUGCUAUGCUUGUUCAGCCGCCGGAAUCCAAUGCGUCACCAGAAACCGCCGUCAACCAUGGCUUGACGUUCGGCGGCAUGAAGCUGGUAAAUCGCAGCAUCGUAGUGAGAUAGAAGAGACGGCGAGACAAGACCAAAUUGACUCCAAUUCAAUUUCAAGACGUGCAGCCACGUUAUCAACAAUACCAACUCAUGAGGAUAGGAGAAGUGCUCCCGCUUCUCGCCGAGACCGGCGACAACAGGAUCAUGAAAAUGAGACAAUAACUACUGAAGAAGAUACUGCUUUAUCUAGUAUUCAGGGCCCGCCACAAGCAGAGAAUGACGAUACCAUCAUCUCAAAUCCGGCUUGCAGCUAUCCCGCGCGUCAAACUCAAGGCACAUCGACCCACCGCUCUAGUACCACACAGGGUGAGGAUGAUAGACCUGAGCUUAGAUCCCGUUUACCCAUCAUACAUGCCGACUCCGGUAACACCUCUCUCGACUUCAUGACCAGCUGGCUAGAUCUCGCACGUCACCGUCUCCAGAUCCCUCGAUCAGGCCCUCGCCAAGCAGAACAGUCCGACAGCGACCCGGCUAGUGACGGUGGAACUACACAAAAAGACUCGCUAUUACCAAUUUUCUUAAAAAUUUGGGGUUUUCCAGAGCAGGAAACACUAUCAGCCUUGAUUGACUGGUUUCUCGAGGGCCCAAACAUCGUGUUUCCUGUCCUCCAGCCAGACAAAAUCAGGCAUGUAGCUCAAAGGGCAUAUACAGAUGGCCCCAAGUCUUUCACACAACAGUAUGGGCUCGCAGUGCUGAUGCAGGUAUAUCUCGUUAUGAUACUUGGCCAUAGCUCAAGGCCCAACCACCAUCUUGGCUUCGAUGCUGAGGGGUGUCUGGAGUACUCUCAGAGUCUUCUUGGCUUGGUGUUGCAGCAAGUCACGAUUGAUGCUCUUCGAGCUGUCACUCUAUUAUCUAUGGCGCUACGAUGUCAUGAGAAUCUGGCUGCAGCCGGACAUACAAUGAGCCUAGCUGUCUCCAUGGCUAUCUCACUGGGCUUGCCAAAACAGUCGCCUCACUUACUGCUUAGAGAAGAAAGACGGAAUGUUUGGAUUAGUGUUUUUUCAUUCGAGAAAUUUCUCUCUUUUGAACUCGGGAGAGCGUCACUCAUUGCAGAUGAUUGUCCGGACUUGCUACCUGGUUCUAGUGGGCUUGGGGACAGGGAGCAUGGAAUCGAGAACAGAGACUCGACAAAUCGGUCGCAGCAACAGCUGCAGUACCCCAUAUGCGAGAUCGCUCUGAGUCUGGCUACGGUACUAAGCGAUGUGGGCAGAUUAUGCGUCCAGGUCAGCCGGAAGGAGGAUGAAAAAAAUCAUGAAAACGUAACAGAAUUGGUAAGAGAAAAGGUCCGAACAAUAGGCCUAUCUUGUGUGAAAUUGAUGAGUUGGGCAUCGGAUGUUUGUCCGUCUGGUUACAGCCCGAUUAUGGACAUAUUGUUCAAUUCCAGAACACAUCCGUUUGCGUCGUUUAUUGCAAUGCAAUAUCACAUAGCCGUGAUCAUAGUAACCCGUAACAGUCUUCUCAUUAGCGAGAAGGCUAUUCGUCUCUCCGUCGAUGUCAUUGCAAAGGACGAACCAUGGGAGUAUGCUGUGAGGAAUGGACAGAGCUUAGCUGCCAAUUCAGCGCGCAAGAUCUUGCGUCUGUUUCUGGAAUCAUCAGAGAAUCAGACUUAUCCUGUACUCCCGAGUCUGGCCGGUCCACUGCAUGCUAUGGGCGCUCUGGCUGUGUUCGUGGUAACGCGGCAAAACUCAAGAAUGGCAAGCAUGGACCGGGAGCUUCUAAAAGCUGCAGCGCUUGCAGUCAAGGAUGCAAAUACCUUGGAAAGAGUGAAGAGAGAGCUCGAAUUCGCUCUCAACAAACUUAACGCAUUUGUAACAGCGGCUACAGGAUCUCACAGGCAUAAUCGGCCAAGGCCAUCGCACCGAUCAGAAACUGAAAGUUCCACGCUUCCGCCAGAGCCUACCACUAGAGAACAGAUCCCAAUUUCGGCAUGGAAUCCUCUGUGGCAAGUCCCAGAGCAAAGUGCUUCGCCUGCUCAGGGUAGUGGGGAGAUUUUUAGCCUGAUUCCAAGCGGGCAGAUGAGUACCCUUGAUGGUCACAACGACUUGACCUGUUCAGACUGGUGGAUUGAAGAUAACUCUCCAAUGAUCAUGGAUGAGCUUGGAUGGAAUUGGGCCAACUUCUCUCAGCUCUUAGAUGGGCGGGACAUUGAGCACCAAAUACAACUGUGA